UUUUUUACUAACCACUUGCCUCCCAUCAUCAACGACACAAAUUGGUUUGAUGAUCGUCAGGGGUAAUAUGGUAAAACCAGAGAAACUGGAUUGAGAACUAAUGAUGCACCUUAUUUGUUAAUAAUAAUAAAUAAAUAAUACCCAUUAUUUAAAUCAUUCAAAAAAUUAGAAAAGCAACCAUCUUUUCAAUUCUUGACAUUGAUUCAAGAAUACCCAAAUGGGGAGAGCAUUUGUUUAUGUGAUUUUAGGAGGUGGUGUUGCAGCUGGCUAUGCAGCUCUUGAAUUCACAAAAAAAGGUGUCCCUGCUGGUGAACUUUGUAUCAUUUCUGAAGAACCUGUUCCUCCUUAUGAGAGACCUGCACUGAGCAAAGGGUAUUUACUUCCUGAAGACCCGGCGAGACUUCCUUCGUUUCACACUUGUGUUGGAGCUAAUGAGGAAAGGCUGACACCCAAGAGCUAUAAAGAGCAUGGCAUUGAAUUGGUCCUUGGAACUCGAGUUAAGUCUGCUGAUGUGAGACGCAAGACACUAGUAACUGCAGCUGGAGAGACUAUAAGCUACAAAAUUCUCAUUAUUGCAACAGGUGCUCGGGCUUUGAAGCUUGAAGAAUUUGGAGUGAGUGGAUCGAACGCUGAAAAUGUUUGCUAUCUGCGAGAUUUAGCUGAUGCCGACAGGCUAGUUAAUGUGAUGAAAUCUUGUGUUGGUGGGAAUGCUGUUGUAAUCGGUGGUGGCUACAUUGGAAUGGAGUGUGCUGCAUCUUUGGCAAUCAAUAAAAUAAAUGUAACCAUGGUUUUCCCAGAAGAACAUUGUAUGGCCCGCUUGUUUACUCCUAAAAUUGCAAGUUAUUAUGAAGAUUAUUACAUAUCUAAAGGAGUAAAGUUUAUCAAGGGAACAGUUUUGUCUUCUUUGGAUAUGGAUUUCAACGGAAAGGUUACAGCGGUUAAUCUUCGAGAUGGAAGUAAGCUACCUGCAGACCUUGUUGUGGUAGGAAUAGGGAUACGUCCAAACACGAGUCUUUUUGAAGGCCAACUAACUUUGGACAAGGGCGGGAUCAAAGUAAACGGACAAUUGCAGUCAAGCAACAGCUCAGUGUAUGCAGUGGGAGAUGUUGCAGCAUUUCCAGUCAAACUAUUUGGUGAAACUCGUAGGCUAGAGCAUGUUGACUCGGCUCGAAAAUCCGCAAGACAUGCAGUAGCUUCAAUAAUGGAGCCAAAUAAAACAGAAGACUUCGACUAUCUCCCAUUUUUCUACUCCCGAGUCUUCGCGCUGUCGUGGCAGUUUUACGGGGACAGUGUAGGAGAAGUAGUGCAUUUUGGGGAUUACUCGGGAAGCACAAUUGGAGCAUACUGGGUAAACAAAGGUCAUCUGGUCGGUUCUUUCCUCGAAGGAGGAACCAAAGAAGAAUAUGAAGUUUUGGCUAAGGCGACUAGACGUAAGCCAGCAAUCGAGGACUUAUCCGAUCUGGAAAGGCAGGGGUUUGGCUUUGCAUUGACAGUUAGCGAGAAUCCAGUAACAUCUCCGACUGUCGGAACUUCAAGCCUCAUUUUGGAGAGACCGUUGUAUGCUUGGCACGCAACGGCCGGAGUUGUUGUGGCCGCAUCAGUAGCGGCAUUUGCGUAUUGGUACGGGAGGAGGCGAAGAAGGUGGUGAAGAAGAAUGGUUUCGUAUUGUAGUAUCGAUAGGCAUAUAGUUGGUUUAGCUACUUGAUCUUAUAUACUUAUCUCCCAUUCAACGAGUUAUUUAAAUGUAUUACUCAUCAGAAGUAGAAAAGUGAAUCUCUUGGUGUGCUUGCAUUAGCAUACUGCUGCUAUUCUUCAGCCUCGGUGCCAUGCAAGUCUUUUUAGGUGAACAAAAUAAUUAAUAGGAUCCUGUCUUUUCCUCAAUACAUGUUCAUAAGAGGGUUAGUACAAUUGCCUCGUUUGGAUCAGUUGUUACUCUUGAUCGAAAUCCAAUAAUUGAAAUGAAUAUUCCAGUUCUA